UCUGGUGCUGAAUAAAUUUUUAGGUUUGCGUGCCAGCAGCAAAUAGUAUUUAAGAAUUUUUAAUUGUGAAUGUUAAGGAGUAGCCAGAAAACCUUAUAGUUUAUAGAGAUUUUAGUUGAUUAAAAAAGGGCUGUAAAAUGCCUUCGACUUGCUUAUUUGAGCUGGAUCGUCCCGAACCCAUAUAUUAUAGUGGAGAAACGAUCAAUGGACGGGCUAUACUCACUACAACAUCCGAAAAGAACGUAAAUGAGGUUUACAUACUCUUCGAGGGCGAGGCAAAGGUUCGAUGGGAUGAGCGCAAGACAAGGACCCAGAACGGAAAGACCCAUCAUUAUACCGAAUACUAUCGAGGCAAACAGAUAUAUUUAAACACUCGAACUGCGGUCUUUGGAUCCGGAACACUGCCCCCCGGUACCCACACCUACAACUUUUGCAUACCCCUGCCACUGGAAUGUCCUUCAUCGGUGGUACAAAAAUAUGGAAAAAUCUGCUAUGAGAUAUCCGUAAUCAUCGAUCGUCAAUGGAAUUUUAAUAACGUCUUCAAGCAACCGCUGACAGUGUUGCAGACCUACAACCUCAAUAUGAGUCCACAGCUGCUGAUGCCUUUGGUACGUGAGGAUAUCAAGUACUUUUGCUGCUGGCCCUGCAGCUCGGGACCAGUUCUCUCGACCCUUACCAUACCCUUUGGAGGUUAUGCUCCCGGUCAAAAGAUCCACUUCAAUCUGGAAAUCGACAAUCAAUCAACUGGCUAUGAUUUGAAUGGAAUCGAAGUGAAACUGAAACAGACUUACAAAUUCCGAGCAGAGACGCCACAUUACAAGGAACGCGAGAAGGAGAUCGACCUGAAUGAGAGUUGCCAGGGAGAGCAAGUGUUGCGUCUCUCGAAGAAGGUCAUCAAUGGAACACUGGCCAUUCCUCCAGUGCCGCCAUCUUCCCGGAACGAGGGAGGGAUCAUAACGGUUUCCUACCGAGUCAUUCUAUCGAUAAAAAUGGGUGACUGCCACAUGGAUACGGAUUUUGAUGUGCCCAUGGUUAUUGGUACGAUUCCCUUGGCUCAGAGUGCCGAGAAUCCAGAACAUGCAGCUCAGUGGAUACCCCAAACACCGGAUACUCCGGCAGGAGCUGCCGGGGAUCUGCCGCCCAGCUAUGACAAUUGCAAACCACCUACCUUUGAGGAGGCCACCAGCUCCGAUGACAAGUUUAUCGACAUCGAUGUGGACGAACACAAUCGCACGGAUGACUUUAUACCACGUUAUCCCAUGUACACCAACUUUGCGAUGCCUUCGGCUCCGCCCCCACCUUCACAGGAUGCGGACUCUGCACUCCUUCCAUCCGCUCCGGUUCUGUCACUGCCACAUUCUUCAACGGCACCAUCGAAUGGAGGGAAUAAUACAAUUUCAUAUGGCUGGAAUGCCAACCCAUAGGUUAUAGUAAUUACCUCGAAUGGAAUCUCAGGAUCAGCAUCAUAAUAUUGUAAUUGUGAAUUGCUUUUUUGUGUGCCUUGAAACGGUGAAGAAUUCGCUGCAAACUUAAUUUUUCCCAAGUGCUAUUUAUACGUAUAUCUAAGCUUAUUACCAAAUGCUUUUGAUAAUAAAAUAUUUAAGUACUGCCUUGUGUCCAAAUUA